UGUAAAAACCAUUGCCAUGGGCUUCAGCGACCUCAUAUGCACAACUGUCGUAGUGCCCACGGGGAUAACGACCUACCAGUGCUGCCAGGACCGUAUCCCAUGGUCGAAAACCCUGGCACCUGUGAUAUUGUCAAGGCUACACAGUAUGGAAUAGUAGAGCGAUGCAAAGAACUGGUAGAAGCAGGGUAUGAUGUUCGACAACCAGACAAAGAAAAUGUGACUCUUCUUCACUGGGCAGCGAUAAACAACAGACAGGAGCUGGUUAGGUACUAUAUUUCCAAAGGUGCAGUAGUGGAUCAGCUGGGUGGAGAUUUGAAUUCAACUCCCCUUCACUGGGCCGUUAGACAAGGACACCUACCUAUGGUCAUCUUAUUGUUGAAAUGUGGAGCAGAUCCCAGUCUUAUUGAUGGGGAAGGAUUUAGUAGCAUUCAUUUAGCAGUGCUGUUUCAACAUAUGCCUAUUGUAGCUUACCUCAUAUCAAAAGGCCAGAGCAUAGACACAACAGACUUCAAUGGGCAAACACCUUUAAUGUUAUCAGCACAAAAAGCCAUUGGACCAGAACCCACGAGGUUUCUUUUAAAGUUUAAUCCCUCUCUCAAUGCCGUAGACAAUGUUCAAAAGAAUACUGCACUGCAUUGGGCAAUAACAUCAGGCAAUACUAGUGCAGUGGAGCUGUUACUGGAAGCUGGUGCUAGCCUGGACAUAAAAAAUGUCAAG